AAAACUGAUAAGCAAAUGGCAACAAUGGAGAAUGAAAAUGCAGCAAAAGUAUUCCAGAAACUGGAACAAAUUAAAGACAUUAGAGCAAAAACUCUACAAUUGGAGAAGAUAAAGAGUCGGCUGCUGGUGGAAUUUGAAGACACUGAGAAUGAGGAGGAACGUCUGAAAGAGUACAAAGGGGAAAUGGAAAUGUUGAUGCAGGAAAAAAUGGCACAUGUAGAAGAACUUCGGCUCAUUCAUGCAGAUAUUAACUUGAUGGAAUCAACAAUCAAGCAGGCUGAAGCGGACAGAAAUCGAGCUUUUACACACUCUAAGCACCUGUAUGAAGACUACCAGAUACUAAAGCAGCAAAUUGAUCUACAGAGAGCUAACAUAGGCUUAGAGGCUACACCAGACCUAUCGCAGGAAGAUGCUAAACUUACAUCGAGUUAUUUCCAAGGACAAAAGAGUGAAUGGCAGAAUGAAGACCAGCCAGAACCAGCCCUACCACAGUCACUGGUGGCAGCGGCUGCGGCAGCACAAACACUGCAGCUACCCCAGGAAGGCCACACCCCUGAAAGGCCUAACUUCAGGCAGCAAGCACCACCAAUGAAAGCUUGUUUAUCCUGUCAUCAACAAAUCCAUCGAAACGCUCCUAUCUGUCCACUGUGUAAAGCAAAGAGCAGGUCACGCAACCCCAAGAAACCCAAGAAGAAAAUGGACGAAUAAAUGACCUUCCAGGAUAUCCUUUCCAACGCUCAGCGGAUUUCAUAAUCUUUUUUUUCUUAAUUAAAUAUAUGUUAUAAAAUUUUUGAAUAAUCUUUAGUAAUUUUUUAAUAAUUGUGAACAAGCAAGUCAUCUUAAAAAGUGGAAUGUGAUUAUUAUGCUGACGUCAUUUUCGUCUUUUUGCUCGUGAAUGUCAAAUAUGCGGCAGUAAAACAGCGGAAUAAAUAUCAACAAUUUUUUUUAUGAUAGUUAAAAACUUCAACUUUGUCAGUAACAGCAUCUAUUCUAACCACAACAUUACUAGAAAUGUGUUACAUGUUGAUGUCUGUGUUGGGAACAAAAGAUUACCGUGUUACAGUCAUGAUCUGGCACAAAGAAUAACACUCCGGAGCCUCCACUUUUGUGUUCUAUAACCUUUCUGCUAAUAACCAUAUUAGUGGGACCAGGUCUUUAAGGUCUAUAUUUCCCAUAGAUAAUGACCUUGAUUAUAGAGGUCACAGAAUUUUUUCAGUGAUUGUACUUAUAAUUUUUAUAUACAAAUAUAACCAAUCAAAUUUAAUUUUUUAAAAUAUAAAAUCAUUGUUAGCAUGUGCAGAAUCAUAAACGAUCAACAUUUUGUAGAAACAAUAACAAAUAGUGUUAACUUAAAUUAUAAAUGUUCACCUUGAUGUGGUAUGACAACCUCUUUCAAUUUUUUUUUGUAGACAAAGUGUUUUUUUGAAAUUUGAGGCUUGCCCUCCCAAAACAAGCUCACUGCCACUUAUUGUUAAACUGAGUAAUAAGCCAAUUCAUAGGGCCCGUUCGGACGAGUAUAGUUUUACUGGGUACUUCCAACUGAGAGGCCACAUGUGGCAAUUAAAUUUUGCCUCUAGCCAUAAAAAAUUCGAAAAACAUCUGUCCCAAAACCCAUCUUUUUUAGUAGAUAUUUCAAUUACACGCUGCCUCCAUGCGUAAUUUAUCACAUGUAACAAGGCCCAUGUCAAAAGUUGAACUUUAGAAUUUGUAUACAACACCGUGCCAGAGUAAAAUUCCUAUUGUUCAAUCCCGUUCCCAUUUUCUCAUAAUACUUUAACUCCUUAUGAAAAUAACUUAAAUAAUAUUUAAAAGCAUUAAAAAAGUUACAGUAAGAAAUUCAGCAAAACACGAGAAAAUGACGUUUAAACUUACAACAAAAAAAAAUUCUUUACGGUAGGCCAGCGAGCGAGGAGCGACAUUUUUACAUACGUCACUGUAUUCGUUCAAAUGUUGUAUUUCUAAUUCAUAGUUUAUUAUUUGUUAAGUGAGUAUUACUGCUUUAAAAACAAACUUAAAAAUUAUAAUUAGAUGUAAUUUGUAUUUCAAUAACAGAAAAAUUAUUUUAUACCUACUUUUAAAUUAGUUUUGCUACAACAACGAGUUGUUUUACAGUCAACACCAACAUGGCCUCGUCUAGCGGCGGACAUGUGCCAAAUGUAAUAAAGUUUUGUUAACACGGUGAAGAAAUCACUUGAAGCUCCAAAUGAAGUUACAAAGGCUAAAUUAUGUAUAGUUUUAAACAGUAACAACAAAAAUAUUGCUAAAAAACUUGUGUCUCACCUUGGUUGAAGGAAAGACAUACGAGAAGUUACUGGUUUUACCGGUUCUUAUUCUACACGUCCGAAUGGCUGUCGGAAUUAGCCCCAAGGCUAUUAUUAGAUUACACAUGUAUUUGAGUUUAUGUCUGAACACGGACAUAGUUUGAACUGCCAUGCCCAUAUCAAGGUCAGUCAACAUAAAUGCCAUACACGCAACAUUGACCUUGUACUCUACGGGAUGCGCACAUGUGCAGUUCAAACCAUGAAUUGGCUUAUUAGGCCUAAAAAAAUUAAUUGUUUGCACUUCUUUUUUUGAAAGGAUAAAAAGGGUGGGUGGAAAUUUUUUUCUUAUCACCAACUUUGUAGGGCAUCUGGCAAAAAAUAGAGAUUAAUUCACAUUUUUGUUUUAAUUUGUAAAGAAAAAAGCUAAAAAAAAAAAAAACGCGCCUAUGUUUUUUAGUGAGUUAGGAGGCUGAGGAGGGCAAACAAACAAUUUUUUAUUUAGGACUUUGCACGAGAAUGUGGCAGUAAUGUAUUGUAUACUUCAGUACAGAGAAGCUGUAAUACUUUUACACAUAACUUUGGCAGUAGUAAGUCAAUUCCAGUAAAUAACCUAUCAUUUUAAAGCUUAUAAUAUGGAGAGUAUGAAUAUAUUAACAAGUAAAUUUACUUGUUAUGGUCACUGAUGCUGUUUUUUUUUUUUUUUUUUUUUUGGCAUGUCAGUCCCCAUUUGAGUGACUGAUUCAUUCAAACUGUUUUCUCAUAGGUUUAGACAUUGGUGGUGGUAUUUAUUUAUUACUAUUUAAAAAAAAAUCCAUGUUCAAUGUUCAAAACUACAUAUUAUUCCAUGUAAAAUAGACGUGCAAUAUAUUUAAUGUGUGCUUCCUUUGUUCAGAGAAUCAAAUACAAUGACUUACUGUUGUUAAUGGCAUAUUAAAACCAAUUUAGAAAUAUCUUGAAUGUUUUGUAUGUAGAAUACUGCAAAUACUGUAAUAUGUUUUUAAUUAAUAUUUCCUUAUAAAGCAACACUGCUAAGCUUUGUAAGAGAGGGGUGCUAUUAAAUAUUGUUGGUUAAAGUUCUUUCAAAUUAUUAGAUAGUUUGUCCCAUCUUAUCAUCACACAAUGAAGACAAAUUGCAAGUUAUAUUAGGUUAAAGGUCAUAUCCUGAAUGUGUAACGUCAUAACUCUAGUACUAACCUGUUAGACUGCCUCAUGGAGAUAGGUUAAUUGAGGCUCUGGUCAGACUAGAGAGUCAAGCCAGGCUGAACUCAGUCCUGUUGGAAAUUUUAGUCUGGACCAGCCUGGGUUGGCUGUUGCCUAGCUUGAAAUAGUUCUAAACCCAGCAAGGUACACAAUUUGACCUUGGCCAAAAACUAGUCGAUCACAGCUAGCUAGCAACACAGUGUUAAAGCUUGAUAAUUUCCGCUGGCCGAGUUUGGUCAACCCAAGUCAACUAGUUCGGUGUGGAUGCUUGAUAUGUCCAUGUCAGGCACAAGAUUCGCACUCAGUCUUCAUCCAAGCUUGGCUUGAGUGUUAAUCUUGACACUCACUGCAUUGUACAACCGUCAUAUACGAAUCCAACUCUGCUGUGAGCACUAGACACAACACUCUCUGUUGAUGUCAGGUGGUAGCCUGAUUGACGGAUCGACAAAAGAAACCAAAAAACGAUCCAUUACACGCGCACGUUGUGGUGUUGAGUUCUCCAUAAAAUCGCGUCAGCCAACGACCGUCAGGGACAGUGAGCUUUUAGUUUGUAUCUCCAUUGGUCUCUUAACAUAAUAAAAACAAUAUUGAUAUUAAUAAACAUACUGUAGAUAUAAUCAACGAUCUUUGAUUGUUUUCAUUCGUGCCAGUUGCCCCCUCCCUAUUUCCUAAUUUGUACUUUUCUCAAUGUUUACUUGAAUGUUUGCAGCUGGUUUUUGUAUGGGAAUUAAAUGGUUUAUAUCCAUUAUAUGUAACAUUA